GUUUCACUCGUCACUGGGAGAGAUCUAAAAUGUUAGGGCGGUUCGCCGUCGCGGUAUUUCUUUUGCUUUUAGCAAAAGAAUUCGAAAGUGCGGAUGGAUAUGCGUUCCCCAUUCGGAAAAGAGGUUUUGUGACUGCUUGCGUCUCAGACGAAACACCUAUUGCGUUCGUGAAGGAUUUCCAUGUCCAAAACGAUGACACAACAGUCGAUGUCGUGGAUUUAAGUGGCAAUAGUAUUCAACUUGUCGAACACGAUUGCAACUUGGUGCAAAAAGAAGGCUGCAAAAAGUGGAACCUCAAGGAAUGGAUCAAGGAAUCGAACGUACAGGACUCGAUCGACCAAUACUCAAUGGUCACCGAUUACCGCUGGAAUGAUUUGCCAAUUAAAUUUACAACGGGAGUAUUCAAGGAAAAAAUAAAGAUACCAAAUAACCAUAAUUUCAAUAUGCAUUUUUCGAUUCUGACACACGACUCGGCGCAAUUCCUUGUCACGAACGAUCCAACUUUAGACAACGGAAUCAACGCUGUUAUUGAUGGAUGGGGAUAUCUGCAUAAGUCUGUACUCAGAUAUUGCCCAAAAAUUAAUGGUACUCUAUCACACGAUGGACAAUUUUAUGCAUCAUGUGAGGGAAACCUGAUGGAAAAAAGGGACUAUCCUGUUCUCCGCGCAGGGCGAAAAUGGGCACAUGCCACACUAGAAAUACAAUUCGACAAACCCAAUGAAAUCGAUUUGUCGUUUUUAGAGGACCACAUUAGUAUUAAGGUUUCUUCAGCAAGCGCCAGUCUAGGAAACAACGAUUACUACGUUUCAAUUAGGAUUACGAAUAGUAAGAGAGGAUUUUUCAAAAGUCAUAAGUAUUCCAUUAUACGACCAAAAACAGCUUCAAGUUCGAUGGAAGUGCAACUGGAGGAAGAUUCGACCAGCUCGUUUUGCGUAGACGUCGUGUUUUUAACAAAUGAAAGUAUAUUUUAUAGCAACACAAUAUUCUCGGUUGGAGUCAUGAACGCAAUAGGAUCAAAUAUAUUUAAUAAAACAGUUCAAUCAACGGAUAAUUAUUUGAAAUGGACCACGGAGAGAUUUGAAAAAUGGGAUGUCAUACUGAAAAAGGGUUGGAAAAUCAAAUUGACUGCACAUGAUGAAUCACUUGUCAUUGGAGGGGUGAAAUUCUGCAAAAAAGGAGACUUGGUCACUAAGACUAAAAUGGUCAAUGCGACUAACUGCUAUCCAUUAGUGCAACGAGCGGAAAACCAGACUGCAGACAAAAAUGAUUACAAUCGACUUCUGUAUCAGCUCGGUGAAUGCAAGGUAUUCGGAGGAAAUUGUGAAGGAUACAAAUUGUGCCACAGUCAAGAUAAUUGUACAUGUUUUGCUGGAUAUCAAGGUGAAACCUGUACUUCUUGUCAGGUGCACAAUUUUGGAAUAAACUGUGCCGACACUACCAAAAAACGUUGUUCUGAUAACAAAGUUAAUUACGUUGAUGGAAAUUGCUUGAAGGGAUGCGCAGUUGGAUAUCAACCCCCGCAGUGUGAAUCAGAAUGCAAGGGCAGGAGAUUUGGACGAAAUUGUGCUUCCACUUCCUGGAAACAUUGUUCUGAUGACAAAUUCGAUAACGUUGACGGAACCUGCGAAUGGGGAUGUAAAGUUGGAUAUCAACCCCCGCUGUGUGACAAAGAGUGCAGUGGAAAAGGGUUCGGCCAAGACUGCUCUGAAACUUCGUCUCGAGUCUGUCUCGAUGGAAAACACUCUCCGAUAAACGGACGUUGCACCCAGGGUUGCGCUUAUGGAUACAAACCUCCAAAUUGCACUGAAAAAUGCCAAGGCAACAAAUAUGGAAAAAAUUGUACCUCCACAUCGAUGAAGCAUUGUUUUGAAGAUAUAUUUAAUCACGUCGACGGAAACUGUUUAAAAGGAUGCGCAGUUGGAUAUCAACCUCCAGAAUGUGACAUACAUGAAUCAAACAAACAGAGCAAUGUUCUGAUUGCAAUUCUCAUUAUUGUGCCACUGAUUUUCGUACUUCUCGCUUUAAUCGGGGCUUGGAUUUAUUUCAAGAAAAGCAGAAAACCCCAACAAAUCGUUCCAGAAGCCACAGUACAAUUUACAAAUGCAUCUGAAACUCUCACUACCGAUUUAGCGCCAUUGGUCGAAGAAAAUCGUGGCGACGGACCAAUUUAUGAUGUGCCUUUCGAUGCAUCGCAGGUCGAACAAUACUUGCAAUCAGCAUUUAUGAACAAUUUUCUUCACGAGGAAUUUAAGAAAUUCCCUCGGGGCCAAACGCAACCGUGGGAAGUUGGAACCAAACCAGAAAAUACGAAAAAGAAUCGUUAUAAUGAUUUGUCCGCGUAUGACUCUUCCCGAGUGAAACUGGACCUUCUCCCUGGCGACGAACACUCUGACUACAUCAAUGCCAACUACGUUGACGGAUUCGAACGACCAAAGACGUACAUUGCGAGUCAAGGGCCAAUGGCGAGCACCGUUGAUGACUUUUGGAGAAUGGUGUGGCAGGAACAAGUGUCCUUGAUCGUGAUGCUUACAAAUCUUACUGAGGAUGAAAAAGUUAAAUGCGAAAAAUACUGGCCCGACGCCGACCAGGAAGGAAAAUUUGGCCGUUUGACUGUUCGCAAUAUUGGAGAGGAGAUCAACGCCGAUUAUGUUUCAAGAGAUCUUUUAGUUAUUCGCGAAAAAACAAAGAAAAUCGUUCAGCAAUUGCACUACACAAAUUGGCCCAAUCACGGAGUACCACUCUAUCCGCAGUCGAUAGCAAUUUUCAUGGAAAAAAUAACUCACCGCAACGAAUUGGCCCCGAUAUUGGUGCACUGCAGUGCUGGAGUUGGAAGAACCGGCACUGUGAUAUUGAUUGACGCAUGCCUUAAAAUGGUUCGUUCGCGCGGUCAACUCGAUGUCGUCAGCAUUUUCUCGCAGAUGAGGAAACAGAGAGCCAAUCUGGUUGACACCUUGGAACAAUUUGAAUUUGUGCACCUGGUUCUCUUGGAGAGCUUAUUGAACCCAAAGUUUGAAAUCAACUGCGAGAAUUUUACUGAAGAAUACAAACAUCUGAAGUCAAAAAGCAACAAGAAUAUAAAAAAGAAUUUGGAAUUGCUCACGGAUAUUUGCAACAAAGACUUCCAAAGGACGGAUAAACCGGCUGAGAUUGAAGCCAACAAGUGCAGAUACCCUGAUUUCAUUUCAAGGGGAUUUCCUUCCCACAAAAGAACGCAAGCUUGUCUUCGAUGAAAUUGAGGUCGUUUUGGAUGACAUCGACGAAGGAAAACACGCAAAAAGCUAUGAAAUCACCAUGAAUGCAAAAGUAAGUGUGAAAUUCGCCUUACUUGGUUGGAAAUCGGACGUAGACGCUCCACCAAACCUGGAAUCGGUCAUCGAAAUCUGGGAAGAUUUAAAAAUCUUCGGCGGGAAUGACAUCGUUACGAUUGCCUGCCACGAUGGAGUGACAGCCAGCGGCCUUUUCCUCGGAAUCGGCUUUGUAAUCGAAAAAAUCAAGAUGGAACAAAAGGUUGACGUCGGUCUGGCCGUGCGAGCCCUGAGAAAGGCAAAACCGGCGUUCAUUUCUUCAGAAAUGCAAUUUGGUCUUCUGUACAAAGCUGCCAAAUUCUAUUUGAGCUCCUUCGAAAUAAAAAAUUUCAAAUAGGAAUAGACAUUUGACAAAUGAAACUUAUUACUGCCUUUGAUUUACUUUGACGAUACUAAUAAUAUUAACUGAAGUUAAUUAAUGUAAACAACAUUUAUUUGAGUUGUUGAUAACAAGAUAUAGACAUGUAUCAGCGCUUGUGAAACUAACACCAUUUAUUUAGCCAUGAUCUAACACUUUUGAAGCUUUGUUAAACUCUAUUGUUUUAAUUUCCCAUAGUGUGUGUAUUCAAUUUAAGAUAUUUGGAAUUAAAAUAAAU